GAAAGUAACAUGCCAGCCCAUAUCUACUUUAUUUUGCUUUUAAUUUGGACGCAACAGAUUUUCCUCAGGGUACAUAGCAAUGGCCAGCAAGGAGCACUGAAGCCUGGCGUGGGAAGCAGCGAGCGACGUCAGUUUUGUCACUGGCCCUGCAAGUGCCCUCCCAAACCCUUAUGUGCACCAGGAAUCAGCAGGGUCAAAGAUGGCUGUGGAUGUUGCACAAUUUGUGCCAGACAAGUUGGUGAGAGCUGCAAUGAGGCGGAUAUCUGUGAUCCCCAUAAAGGGAUGUACUGUGACUUCUCAGCAGAUAAGCCCCGCUAUGAGGUUGGCGUGUGUGCAUAUAUGAUGGCAGUUGGAUGUGAACUCAAAGGUGAAUUUUAUCUCAACGGACAGGCUUUUCAGCCCAGCCCACUGUACAAAUGCAUGUGUGUUGCUGGUGCUAUUGGCUGUAUGCCUGCCUUCACUCAUAAACUCGCCACGAUCCAGUAUAACGCUCCAAGCGAGAGUGAAAAACCUGCCCAUCUAAUUGCUGUAAAGCAACCAAAAAAACAUCAGCAGGAUACAGCCUACAGAGCCAUGCCAGCUUACAGAGAUCGCCCUAUAUCAUGGAAGAGGACAUGUCUUCUACAGAGCACACCCUGGACUCCCUGUUCUAAAACCUGUGGCAUGGGAAUCUCAAUUAAGGUUGACAACAACAACAGCAAAUGUGAAAUGAGGAAGGAUCGCAGAUUGUGCUUUCUCAGACCCUGUGACAACAAUACACUACGGAAUAUUAAGAUACCAAAAGGAAAAACAUGCAAACCCAAGUUCCAGUCAAGAAAACCAGAGAAAUUUGCAUUGUCUGGAUGUACAAGCAUCAAAAACUACAAACCCACAUACUGUGGUAUUUGUACUGACAAGCGCUGUUGCAUUCCUAACAAGUCUAAAAUGAUUACUGUUGAAUUCAACUGUACAGAUGGUGGAAGUGUCAAAUGGAAAAUGUUGUGGAUUACAUCCUGUGUAUGCCAACGGAACUGUUAUGACCCAAGUGACAUGUUCUCUGAACUUAGAUUCCUAUAGCAAACCAAAUGACGACUACCUCAGAAAUAUCUUUUAAUGGCAGCAUACAGUACCUCUGUCACCUUUACUACUGGCAUAUCUUUUUACUUGAUCUGUCAGAGUUUUCCGCUUUUUCCAGUGUUUUAAAUGGGUUAAAAUACUGUUGUCUGCAUAAUCUGCACUUCAGAUAUUCUUCAUAAACUGUUUUUAAUGGAGAUGUUCUGCUUUGAACCUAAA